AUGGCCCUGAAACCAGUUCGUGUGAGGAUAAGUGGGAUUGGAAUCGUUGGAAUCGCCACUUCUCCGAGAUUGAAGAAAUCGAAAGCGCAGUUUCUCUUCUCAAGACUACAGUACGCGAAGAGCGUUACCAUGAUGCUUCUAGAAUAUGUAGCCAGACAGGAAGUGGACUGACAGGUGGUGACUGCACCAGCUAGAACACCUCUUUUUGAGAUUUUCAAUGUUAAAGACAAUGACGGUGUUAGACUGUUAAACCGGUUUGUGCGGAAGAAGAGGAAGUCCGGUUUAGCAAUUACAAGGGAAGGAGAGACUCUAAUCGACGCAGAGGAUUAG